AUGAGCUGGUUCUCACGCACAGGCGACCAGCCACCCCAGCAACAACCGCAGCGCGGAUACUCGCCCCUCCCGCCCGCUCAGCAGCCCACCCGACACCACCUCCCCACCUCGUUCCAGCACAAUCCCCCUCCGCCUCCUCAGCGCGACCCGUACGCUUCGAGUCAGCGCGAGAAGCCCGUGUCUGUCUCUCGGCCUCAGCCACCUUCGUACGGCGGCGGCGGGGCGGCGAGGGGAGGCAGGUUCGCCGUCGUCGAGGCUCCCUCGCCGUCUCAUGCGCUCGCCAACCGCGUCGUCCUGAACGAGCAGGACUGGAAUGGCGUUCCCUAUGUCGUCAUCAAGGGCCAGUUUGUCUAUGCCACCAUGUUCGACCCCUCCAUCCCUCGCGGCGCAAUCGGCGCAGCCCGCCUCGUCCGCCAAUUCGCCGGCCUGAGCCAGUCGGGCGACGUCGUCGAUGUCGAGCCGUUCGAGCCAGGUCAGUUGGGGAGCGACGUGUAUCUUGCGGCAUUGGAUCUGGAGGUCGGCUACUGGUUCGAGAAGAACGCGCAACCGACCGCCUACUCCGCCGACGAACUUCAAGACGUCUUCCGCCGCGCAUACGACGGCCUGAUCGUCACGGUCGGCCAACCGCUCGUCUUCGACUUCCAUGGACAGAACCUCCGCGCGACAGUCAAGGGCGUGCAGUGUCUCUCCCUUGAGGGCAAGGGAGCGGGUGGACAUGGACGGACGGGGAUCUUGACGAGCCAGACGGAGGUCAACUUUGUCAAGGACCCGGCGAGUGCAAUCAAGAUCAAGUCUAGCGCGAAGAAAGCCCCGCCGAAUGCCAUCCUCGCUCCGAAUUUCAAGUUCGAAGACAUGGGUAUUGGAGGCCUCGACACCGAGUUUUCGGCCAUCUUUCGUCGCGCGUUCGCCAGUCGGAUCUUCCCGCCUGGGUUGGUCGAGAAACUGGGCAUCCAGCAUGUCAAGGGUAUCCUCCUCUACGGCCCUCCCGGUACAGGCAAGACGCUCAUGGCGCGCCAAAUCGGCAAGAUGCUCAACGCGCGCGAACCCAAGGUCGUCAACGGUCCCGAGAUCUUGAACAAGUUUGUCGGGCAGAGCGAGGAGAAUGUUAGGAAGCUUUUUGCGGAUGCCGAAAAGGAGUACAAGGAGAAGGGUGACGAGUCCGGCCUGCACAUCAUCAUUUUUGACGAGCUCGACGCUAUCUGCAAGCAGCGUGGCUCGACGAACAACGGGACUGGCGUCGGCGACUCGGUCGUCAACCAGCUGCUUUCGAAGAUGGACGGCGUCGACCAGCUGAACAACAUCCUCCUGAUCGGCAUGACGAACCGGAUGGACAUGAUCGACGAGGCGCUCCUCCGACCCGGUCGCCUCGAAGUUCACAUCGAGAUCUCCCUUCCCGACGAGCAAGGUCGAGUACAGAUCCUCACGAUCCACACGGCCAAGAUGCGGCAGAACGGCGUGAUGGGUCGGGACGUGGACCUUCUCGAGCUCGCCUCGCUCACGAAGAACUUCUCGGGCGCCGAGAUCGGUGGACUCGUCAAGAGCGCUACUUCGUUUGCGUUCAACCGACACGUCAAGGUUGGGACGCUUGCGGCUCUGUCGGACGACAUCGACCAGAUGCAGGUCGUUCGGGAGGACUUUAUGAAUGCGCUCGACGAGGUCCAGCCGGCGUUUGGUGUCAAUGAGGAGGAGUUGCAGGCGGUCGUGCAGAACGGGAUCAUCCACUUUGACGAGCAUGUGCACAGCAUCCUCCGCGACGGCAAGCUGUUCGUCGACCAGGUUCGGACGUCGCAGCGCACGCCUCUCGUCUCGGUCCUGCUGCACGGUCCGCCCGGGUCCGGCAAGACCGCCCUUGCCGCAACAAUCGCUCUUGCGUCCGAGUUCCCCUUCAUCAAGCUCAUCAGUGCCGAAAACAUGGUCGGCUUCACCGAGUCGCAGAAGGUCGCGCACUUGUACAAGGUCUUCUCCGACUCGUACAAGAGCCCUCUGAGCGUGAUCGUCGUUGACGGACUCGAGCGGAUCUUGGACUGGGUCCCGAUCGGUCCGAGGUUCAGCAACUCGGUCCUCCAAGCCUUGCUCGUCCUCCUCUCGAAACGACCGCCCAAGGAUCGCCGCCUCCUCAUCCUCUCGACUACCUCGAACCGCUCGAUGCUCGCCGAGAUGGACGCGAUGGACGCGUUCGCGACGACCCUCCGCGUGCCGGCCGUCACGACGCUCUCGCAGCUUGUGCGGGUGCUGGAAGACGUCGGCCUCUUCGGCGAGUCGAACAAGGCGGAACAACAGCGCGCGAUCAACCUCCUCCGCCAAGCAGGGUUCGGCGACGGCGAGGAAGCACCGGGACAAGGGAGGAGCUUCUCUAUUGGUGUGAAGAAGUUGUUGAGUUUGGUCGAGAUGUGUAGGCAGGAGGAUCGGGGGUCGGCGGUCGACAAGCUCGUGGCGGAGCUGGUGCAGCUGCAGAUGUAG